GAAUUAAGUUUUAAUUUCACCUAAUAACAGACGAUUUUUAAAUAUUAAUUUCAUGUUAAUUUAAACAUAUUAAAUAGUCAUUUAAUUAUAUCCAAAAUUUUCGAAAAUAAUUUUAAUAUGGAAUUAAUAUAUUCAAUGAGACGUAAGCCCCUGAAAUUUCCACCCCCUCAUUUCGAAAAUUCCUUAGAUUCCGGAGUAAUCAGAUCGAUUUGCACGAUAUCUUCCGCCAAUAUCAUAGCCUUUUCUUCACCAACUGAGCUGUCGGACUCUGAUGGUAACACUUGGGCUGGCCAUGUGUAUGUUUGUGACUUGGACACACCGUGGGACAGUCACAAAGUCACAAGUACAUCAUAUUCUGUAUCUGCUCUAGAGUGGGAUAAUGAAGGCAAGCAAUUGCUGGUGGCCACAACAGAGGGAGACGUGUCCGUGUACGGACAGAAGGACUACUUGCUCAACGAGUGGCAAUGUUUGUACACAGCUCAGUUCCCUGGCGAGCAUAUAAUCAAAGCGGUAUUUUUCCACAAUGGCCGACGAUUUGUAAUGAUGGACAAGAAACCUGAUGCGCCCAUCACGGAAAGAAUACAGAUGACCAGGUCCACACCUACCCUGAAGGGAUUUGGCGGGGUGGCGUGCGAGGGCGCUGUGGUGCUGACGGCGUCGGGUCUGGUGGCGACGCUGGUGGCCGCCGACGGCCCGCGUGCGCUGCUGGCCAGCGAGCCGCUGCGCAGCCGCCACCACAUCCUCUGCGCUGACCUCGCGCACAAGGCGGGUAACGUGAUCGUGGCAGCCGCGGGGAAGACAGCCGUGCGAUGCUACGUGUGCGCGGUGACGCGGUCGCCGGGCCGGCCGCCCGCGGCCGCGCUGCAGGUGCAACCGCUCCCCACCGUCUUCCUACCAGUAGAUCACGCGCCGCCCGUUUCCGUAACGUGGUGUCUCCGGGAAGAUACAGAUUCCCUGAUGAUAGCAAGCAACAAGUUGUCACUGUGGAAGCUUACGGAACGCUCGCACCCUGUACAUAAGCUAUUAGCUAAAGGUACACUGCAAGGCAGCACGACGCCCGGCGGUGGUCAGAAACAAGCAUCGGACUGUUUCAAUACUGUGGCGUGGGUGCAGGCGGGCACGGUGGCAGUAGAAGGUCGCGCGGUGCAAGCGGCGUGCGGCCGACCGGCGCCCGCGCCGCCGCUCGCGCUGCUUGCCACAGCGCGCGCUCUACACUUGUUGGCAAGGGACUCGCAUCACUACGUGUGUUCUCGCCAAGUAGUAACAACUGGUUCGGGAGAACCAGCGGGCGCUGCCACGCCACCCAAGAAGCCUAAAUAUGGGCCUGGUUUAGUAAAUGACGGUAACGGCGGGCAGGCGGUGGUGUCGAGCGUGCAAAUAUCAUCCCUAGGCGGUGUGGCCGUGUGCGUGGACUCGCACGCCCAACUUCACGUGUUCCGGCUGCCGCAGCCCUGGGCCGACAUACCGAGCCCAAUGUCGCUGCAGCAGGCAACAUCGGUCCUGGAGUACGCAAUGGUGUCAGGGUAUGACUGCUUGGACGUGCUGCUCACACUCAAGCCCAACAUGAUGGAGACAGUCUAUGAGAGACUGACAGAGUCAUUCCAGAGACAACCGCAGCACUUCCAGCAGUAUUAUUACCAUAGUUGGCUGAAACUGAGGACCGCUUUGUGCAGGGCGGUGCCGACGUGGCAGAACGGCGCAGCGUGGCUGGCUACGGUGGGGUGGCUGCACGCGGCGGCGGCGGCCGCGGCCAGCGCCGUGCGGGACGGCGGCGGCGGCGGCGGCGGCGGCGGCGCGGGCGCGGGCGGGCCCGAGGGCGGCGAGCUGGCCGCGCUGGCCGCGCUGCUCGACGACUCCGCGCCAGACGUCGCGUCCGAGAAGCUGCUGGCGGGCGUGGAGGCGGGCGGCGAGGCGGCGCCGCUGCCGGCGCUGCGGCGGCCGCUGCAGCGCGCGCUCGACGCCGCCGUCACGGCGCUGGCCGCGCUGCCGCACCACCACCACCACCACGCGCACGGGUACGACAUACUAACGGACCCAUCGGCGCUGUGCCUCCUCCGCAAGCUGGUGGUGGUGGCCCGCGGCGGCGAAGCACUCAGCAGGCCGCUAGCACGCCUCGCCACCGCCGCGCAGCCCAAGCAGGACCUCCUCGACGAGUGCGCGGCGCUGUGUGCUCAGCGAGGCGGCGCACGCGUGUGGGACGCGUUACCGCGUUGUGCCGUUUCAGCCCCCCAUCAACGACCCUGGCCGCUGCACUUAGAGUAUGGCGUCGAACCGGAAGCUUUACGUUAUAACCCUGAACCCCCUGCAUAUGCACAGGGUGACACCACACCAUCGACAAAUAUGGACUCUAUUAGGUACAUGUACCUGGGCGGCGGGCGGCGCGCGGCCCGCUGGCGCGCGUGCGCGCGGUGCGGCGCGCGCGCGCUGGCGCCGGCGCUGCCCGCGCGGCCCGCGCUGCAGCGCGCACACGACGCGCGCUUCCUGCCCGCCUGCAGAUGUGGUGGGAAGUGGACUCUAUUCUCUAAUGUAUAAGAAUAAUAUUUUAGAUGCAUUUUGUAAAUAAUAAAAAAGUAUUUUAUAAUUAAUAAAAUUUUGUUUCAUUUCACAUGCUCGUUAUAUUUU